ACAAUUCGGUCGGAACGCAUGCAAACGAAACCUUUGCAGCCUGGCAGCAAGAUUUGUGGCAACAGCUCGUUCCGAAAGUCAAACAAAGUACGGCGGCAACCUCGUCGUGUGCGUGUGCGAGUGAAGGAAAGACUGCCGAGAAUGCCGGUGGUUGCUGUUCCUCCUCCAACAAGGACCUUGAUGCCAACGAAGAAGCCAAUGCAGGAUGCUGUUCCAGUCCAAAUAACGAUGAUGAUGACGACAACGAAUCAUACUAUUCGGAAGAAGAAGAUGACGAAAACGAGGAACCUGCUGUGAUGGAUUUGGAAGACAUGGGCGAUGCCAUGCUGGCGACACAAGCUGCCACCGUCAAAUCUAAGGAGCCACGCGAAAUGGUCACGCCGAGCCAAGCAGCAGCUCUUAAAAAAGAAGGAUACAAGUUGAUCGGAACCCACAGUGCCGUCAAACUCUGUCGCUGGACGAAACACCAGUUGCGAGGACGUGGCGGAUGUUACAAGCACACCUUUUACGGCAUCACCAGCUAUCAAUGCAUGGAAGCAACACCAAGCUUGGCCUGCGCCAACAAGUGCGUCUUUUGCUGGCGCCAUCACAAAAACCCAGUGGGCAAAGAGUGGCGAUGGAAGACGGACGAUCCGUAUUUCAUUGUCGAUCAGGCUGUCAACACACACGUACAAAUGAUCAAGGAAGCCAAAGGUAUUCCGGGUGUGCGUAUGGAUCGUUGGCAGGAAGCUCAUACCGUUCGUCAUUGUGCACUUAGUUUAGUUGGUGAGCCUAUUAUGUACCCGCGCAUCGGUGAACUCUUGGGAGAUCUCCACCGACGCAAGAUUUCGACCUUUCUGGUGACUAACGGUCAGCACCCGCACGCCAUCGGGACACUUCGUCCCAUUACACAGCUUUACGUUAGUGUGGACGCACCUACGCAAGAAAGUUUAAUAGAAAUUGAUCGCCCAUUGUUCAAUGACGCUUGGGAUCGUUUGAAACAAUCGCUCGUUUCUCUAAAGGACAAGGGUCAACGAACGGUGGCUCGUCUGACAGUUGUCAAGGGCUGGAACUCGGAUGAAAUCGAAGGUUACGCUAAGCUGAUUGUCCUAGGACAAGUCAGCUUGGUGGAGGUAAAGGGGGUGACGUUCUGCGGCAAAUCCGACGCUUCCAAUCUCAACAUGACCAAUUCCCCGUGGCACCAUGAGGUAGUUGAAUUGACUAGAACGCUGAAAGACGAAAUUCAGAAGAUUCGCGACAAGGGUGGUGACGACGUACCUCCUGAAUACGGAUUGGCAUGUGAGCACAAACAUUCGUGCAGCGUUCUACUGGCGCGAGUAGAUCAGUUCUCUAAGGUGGACCCCGCCACUGGGCAGCGCAAGUGGCAAACUUGGAUUGAUUACGACCGUUUCCAAGAGCUGGCGGCAAUGUACGAAGAAGAUCCUACGUUUACGUUUGGAGUCGAAGAUUACGUGGCGGAUACGCCCGCAUGGGCUCUUUUUGGCGCUGAAGAGGAAGGCUUUGAUCCAACCGACAAACGUCACCGGCGUCCGAAGAAACAUCCC